AUGGCGGCGGCGGGAGCCGAGGCGGCGGCGGCGGCGGAGGAGGAGAAGCGCAUGGCAGAGGGCGACCCCGAGUCGGGAGGCGAUUCGGAGGACGAGGGCGACUCGGAUUCGUCGGGCGACGGCGAGGAUGAGGAGAAGGAGAACGAGGCGGAGAUCCAACGGCUGGAGGAGCAGCUUUCCAUCAAUGCUUUUGACUACAACUGCCACUUGGAUCUGAUAAAGCUGCUUCGCCAGGAGGGAGAGCUGGUGAAGCUCAGAAGAGCUCGGCAGAAGAUGAGUGAACUCUUCCCACUUACUGAAGAAAUUUGGCUGGAUUGGUUGAAGGAUGAGAUAAAAAUGGCUUCUGAAAUCUCAGAGCGAGAGAAAGUUUAUGAGCUGUUUGAGAGAGCUGUGAAAGACUACAUCUGUCCUGAAAUUUGGCUGGAAUAUGCCCAGUAUUCAAUCGGUGGCAUUGGUCAGGAAGGGGGAAUUGAGAAAGUUCGCUCAAUAUUUGAGAGAGCAUUGACAGCAGUGGGGCUGCACGUGACGAAAGGAACAGCUCUGUGGGAAGCUUACCGUGAGUUUGAGAAUGCCAUCCUGGAGACAGCACAGCCAGCUCCUGGCAGCGUUCCGUCACCUGAGCAGCAGCAGAUGCUCUGCAGCCAGCUUGAGAGGAUCCACACGCUGUUCAGGCGCCAGCUGGGGAUCCCACUGUUAGAUAUGGAGGCUUCAUAUGCUGAGUAUGAGGAAUGGUCCGAAGAUCCGAUACCAGAAACAACAAUAAAGAGCUACAAAAAAGCUCUACAGCAGUUGGAGAAGUGUAAACCAUACGAAGAGGCACUGCUGGGUGCUGAGACACCGAAGCUAGCAGAAUACCAAGCUUACAUUGAUUUUGAAAUGAAAGCUGGUGAUCCAGCUCGCAUUCAGUUGAUCUAUGAGAGAGCUUUGGCUGAGAACUGCCUUGUACCUGACCUGUGGGCACGCUACAAUCAGUAUUUGGACCGGCAGCUGAAAGUGAAAGAGUUGGUUUUGUCUGCCCAUGACCGUGCUGUCAGGAACUGUCCUUGGACCGUUGGGCUCUGGAUUCAGUAUCUUUUGGCAAUGGAGAGGCAUGGAGUUGAUCACUGCAUUAUUUCUGACAUGUUUGAAAAGGCUCUGAAUGCAGGCUUUAUUCAGGCAACAGACUAUGUAGAAAUCUGGCAGGCAUAUCUUGACUACCUGAGAAGAAGGGUGGAUUUCACACAAGACUCCAGUAAAGAACUUGAAGAGCUGCGAUCUGCGUUUGCCCGUGCUGUGGAGUAUUUGAAACAAGAAGUAGAAGAGCGCUUCAGUGAAAGUGGAGAUCCAUCCUGUACUAUCAUGCAGAACUGGGCAAGGGUUGAGGCCCGCUUAUGUAAUAACAUGCAGAAGGCCAGAGAGCUCUGGGACAACAUUAUGACUAAAGGGAAUGCCAAGUAUGCUAACAUGUGGCUGGAAUAUUAUAACCUGGAAAGAGCUCAUGGUGACACCCAGCACUGCAGGAAGGCCUUGCAUCGAGCAGUGCAGUGCACAAGUGACUAUCCAGAGCACGUCUGCGAGGUGCUGCUCACACUGGAAAGGAUAGAAGGAACAUUGGAAGACUGGGAUGCAGCUGUUCAGAAAACAGAAAACAGAUUAGCUCGUGUUAAUGAACAGAGAGCAAAGGCUGCUGAGAAGGAAGCUGCUCUGGCAAGGCAGGAGGAGGAGAAAGCUGAGCAACGAAAACAAUCUCGAGCGGAAAAGAAAGCUUCCAAAAAGGCGAAGAAAAAUAGGAUUGGAGAAAAGCGCAAAGCAGAUGAUGAUGAUGAGGGUGAAUGGGGACAAGAAGAGGAAGAAGAGCAACCCAGCAAGAGACAUAAGGGAGAUGGUGAUGGUUUGCUUCUUGAAGAAGACAUGGAGCUGGAAACUGGGCUGUUUGGAAGAAGUGGACCUGAGAAACCAGAUCACUCCACAAACCAGAAGGAAAAGCCAUCCACCAGCCGAAAAGACGUCCCCAAAGUUCUGCAUGACAGCAGCAAAGACAACAUCACCGUCUUCGUCAGCAACCUUUCCUACAACAUGACAGAUCCUGAAGUAAAACUGAAAGAGCUCUUUGAGAGCUGUGGGGAGGUUGCUCAAAUCCGUCCAGUUUUCAGCAACAAGGGGACUUUCCGGGGCUACUGCUAUGUGGAGUUCAAGGACGAGAAGUCUGCUCUGCAGGCUCUUGGGCUGGAUCGUAAAGUCGUGGAGGGAAGACCCAUGUUUGUUUCUCCUUGUGUUGACAAGAACAAGAAUCCAGACUUCAAGGUGUUCAGGUAUAGUACUACACUGGAGAAACACAAGCUGUUUAUAUCUGGUCUGCCAUUUUCCUGCACUAAGGAGGAGCUGGAAGAUAUAUGUAAAGCCCAUGGGAAUGUGAGAGACAUUAGGCUGGUCACCAACCGAGCUGGAAAACCCAAGGGCCUGGCCUAUGUGGAAUUUGAAAACGAAGCCCAGGCCUCGCAAGCAGUGCUGAAAAUGGAUGGCCUGACAAUUAAGGAACACGUCAUCAAGGUGGCAAUCAGUAACCCACCUCUCCGAAAGCUGCCAGACAAGGCUGAGGCAGGCAGAGCCUCCCAGUUUGCAGUGCCACGGCAGAUUUAUGGAGCGCGAGGGAAGGGAAGGACACAGCUUUCCAUGAUGCCUCGAGCAUUGCAACGCCAGAGUAAUCCUGUGGCUAAGGCUGAGAAUGGGAUGGUCCAGAAUUCACCAGCAACUUCGUCUGAAAGCACUGAGGAGCCUAAAAAGAUGUCCAACGCUGAUUUUGCCAAGAUGCUGCUGAACAAGUGAGCAAAUGGUCAGCAAUCAGCUGAGCUGGUAAAAUGUGAAAUGCCUUUAUGGAAGCCAUGUUGUGUCCUUAUGCUAGCAAGGAGAGAACGCCAGUCACAAUCACAUGUAAAUACUGUUCUGGACUACUGCAUUCAUUAAGAUCAGUGUAGGAUGGAACAAAUCCACUUUCCUCUGUUUUUUAAGAGCAAAGAGUUAUACUACGUUCUGGUAAAAUGGCGUUAUGUGAUUCCUCAUAUUGAGGGUAAUGAGGGGGAAACAUUUCCUGUACAGGUUGGAUGCCACACCGUUUUCUGAAUACUUUACAGAUAUUUCUCUUUCAUUAAAGAAUGAGAUGCCAUGUGAAGGCCUAGCCAUAACCUGGUUGAGAUCCACUGGUCAGAAGCUCAGAUUGUGAUUGCAGUCAUUCUCUCUGACGACAGACCCGUUUUACACCGAAACAUGUUCACACCUUGAUCUCCUUCCAUUAAGAGUUAGAUGGCAAAUGCUAGUAACUUCACCACAAUGGCCUAUUUUAGUAUUGGGAGAGUUUCUAUACAUUUCUGUGUAUAUGUAUAUACACAAUAUACAUAUAUAUGUAUUCAGUUAAUGUUCUGUUCAAGUUGACCCGUUUUUUAUAUUGUGUAUUUGUAAAAGACAUUCAGAUUAUUUUUAAGUGUCAUGAGAUAAUACUUAGACCUGGUAUUUUUUCCCCAUGAAAGCUGUACAUGCUCUUGCUGAGGACCAUUUUUUUGUUAGUUGUUUUUUUGCUAGCUAGUUCAUCUAUCUUUUGCAGGUGGUUUCUGUAUGGUUUUGUACAAAUGUGAAGUGCACGCUGAAGUUUCACAGUUUAUUAAACUCAAGUUCUCAAA